UUGGUGUGGUGUGAUGGCGUCCGCAACGCGGUUUGGUGGGCCACUUUCUGAUUUCGUCGUUAAAAGUCGAGUUGAGAGCGAAGCGGCUGCAAGAGGAGUUUACCAACACACAUACACAUAUUCUCACUCUCAGCUUGAGCAAAUUGAAAAUGGUGGGAGUUAAUCAGCAGUUUGAAGAUGAUAUUCAUGGAUCAGGAGGAAGUAGAAGUUCAAUUGAUGAAAUUUCUAGUGUUAAUGCUUCACAAGAGGUUGAAAUGGAGCCAGCGAUCUGCAUAUACAAGGAAAUUAUCAACGAGGAGCGACAAAAGUUUCUGCCCCUGAUGAUAGAGGAAUUUGGUUUGGAUACCUUGAAGAACAUUAUACAGAACUACGAUUACACGGCAAGUACUUCGGGAUCACAAGCUUUGCAACUGCAGUUCUUAAAUGGAAUUUCCACACCAGUUUCUUCAGGAAUGGAUAUUGAAGGAGAAGACCAUAAACCCUUCAUAGUAGCUUUGGUUGAUGGGACAGGGAAGAUUGUGAGUACUGGGGCUGCAGCUGCAUCAAAAGUUGAAAUUGUUGUUCUCGAGGGAGAUUGUAAUGAUGAUGAAGCAUGGAAUUGGAGUUCUGACGAAUUUAACAGUAAAAUCAUCAGUGAUUGGAAUGGAAAGAAAGUGCUUCAAGGAAAUGUCUUCCUGAACCUGAAAGAAGGUGUUGGUUCUGUAGAUAAACUUUCAUUUACACACAAUAAAACCUGGAAGAAGAAAAGGAACUGUAGGCUGGGUGCAAGGUUUGUGAAUGCUGCCCUUGCCAAAGAAGCAAAAACAGAAUCCUUUCUCGUUGGCGACAAGCGCAAGCUCUUGUACAAUAAGCACCCAACUCCAUCCUUAUCUGACGAGCCGUGGCGAUUAAACAUGAUUUCCAGACGUAGUGAUUGCUUUAAACGUAUGAGUGAAGCAAACAUAAAAACCGUGAUGGACAUCCUCACUUUUCAUGCUAUAAAUCCGAAAAGGCUCAAAGAUAUACUUGAUGUUGGUCCCAAGAAAUGGAAGGUCAUCACAGACCAUGCACAGAAGUGUAAAGAUGAUAAGGGGGUAUACUUGUACCAUCAUCCAAGGGAUGUUGAAAAGAAUAACGGUGUGGUUUUCAAUAUUUUCGGAAAAUUGGUGGGACUCAUUGCAGAAGCUCAAUUCAUCCCUAGCGAUAAGCUUCCCAGUGACAGAAAGGCUGAUGCUCAGGAGCUGGUAGUGUCUUCAUCUGAACACUGGAAGGAAGUAGUCUCUUUCAAUGAUGAGGCUUCUCUUAUUAACCAACUUCAGUUAGGCACCACCACCUUAAACUCCCUCCGUAUUGGCCUUAACAUCGUGAUUCCUCAAAUAAUUGACACCCAUGAUCCCAUAAACCUUACCUCUCCUCAGGUCAUUACACCAAUCUCUCCCAAGAACAGCUCGGGAUAUGAUAAUUUUAGUUUAGAGGGUCAAAGCCAAAGCCCCAAACGUUCUGCAUCUGAACCCGCUAUCUCAAACUCUCCAAAGAAACCACGAAACAAUUAUCCACAAAUGAGUCCCUCUACACCCAGUGUUGGUACUAGUAGAAUGACUUAUACCGAUGUUACUAGAACAUUGCAAGAACCGAACCAAUUGGAACAUGAUCCAGAACUUUUGGAGGAGGAUGAUAUUAUGCAAUAUCUUAAUCUUUUCGAUAGAUGGAAGAUGGUGUGGUAUGCGGUAGAAUGGAUUUCAAUGAUCUCAAAAGUACGCAAGAAGAGAAUGUCCUUUUAUCAUCAACUGUUUCAAACACCUGAUGAUGACAAAGUGAUUGUUGUUGCAGCCUCGAUCAAACAUAAUGACUGUUUGGUAGAUGCUGAAUGAGUAAAUGGUCACAAUUAUUAGAUGCUCUGAAUGAUUCGGUGCAGUGAGACCGUUCCAACACCAACAUGUAGAAAAUUUGAGUGUUCUGAGUCGUGGGUUUGUGGUAAGGUUAGUUUUUUUUUUUUUUGUGAUAAAGAGGUCAUGGGUUGUUACGUAAACAACCGGUUUGCAACUAAUUAACCGAAUGCUAAAAGGGAAGGCUUUCGUUUCCGGCCCUGGGGAAGUCUAGGAGCUGACGGCUAAUUUCUGUUGUAGAUUAAGAUGGUCGAGUCAUAGAGUUAUUUUGAAUGUUUUUUACUUGUUUACCAAUGUAUUUGUAAAUCGGGGCUCUUUGACUGGUUUUUCAUUAAGCCAUGA